AUGCUGGGUUCCCGGGUGUGCUGGCAGCUGCUCCUUGGGUGGGCUCUGCUACUGGGCCAGCCGGUCUUUGGAGACUCAGGGUCGAGUUCCUCAGAACAGCGCUCUUUACAAGAGCCAGAGAAUCCAGCGCCAGGGUCAGAAGAGCCAGAGAAUGCAGUGGCAGAAGGGCCAGAGAAGCCACUGCCAGAAUCGGAAGAACCAGAAGACCUGUUGCCAGAACUGGAUGAGCCAGAACAGCAGGUGCCAGUGCAGGAAGAGCUGGAGGAGAAGCCACUGUCAGAUGAAGAACUGGAGGAAAUGGAGAAAGACGAAAGAGAAUGGUUAAAGCAGGAGAAGGAGAAACCCUGUGGUUCCUGGUUAGACUAUCUCCAGGCAAUUGCCCUGGGCUACUAUAACAAGGAACGGAAGGAAUACUACAAGCCAGAUGGGCGUGCAACUCUAAGAACCAAGAAAGCCAUUGGGACAAUGAUAUCCCUCAAGGUGGUGUUGAUGAGAACGAACUGCACAAGGGACCAGCUGCCAGAAUACACGCGUCACGGCAGACUUCCGUUCCACAUAUAUCGUUUUUAUGCUAAAUUUCCGGAAAACUGUGAGUCACUGAAGGGUUCUGAACAGGAAUGCACCUUCACAUUAUUUGGCGAUCAAAGGAGAGGGAGUUUUCAUGAUAUGGCUGUCGUGUCUGACAAAUGCAGUCCGAUGCAUCCGAAUGAGGAGAGACACCAAAGACCCCGCGUCACCUUCAGAUCAUAGUGGCCAAUGGUUGGGGGUGGGGGAAGCAGGGUAGAAAAAACAUCUGUUUAGUUUGCCCUCUUCCUUCUACCCCCUGACAUAAUCUGUUAGAUGCAUAUCUGAAAACUGUCCCACUGAGAAUUCCCCCCUUCCUCCCCCCAGAAUCUCUAGCUGAUUUCUUACCCAUCCCGUUUCUCG